CAGGCAGCAUGCAGCAAACCUUCCCAUCAGAGCGUCCCGCAGCAGCCGCAGCCUCCGCUUGUCCCACCGCUGCCUGCCUGCCUGCCCGGCCAUCCCUCUAACUAACACUCACCUGGGGGGCGCACUGCACUGCUGCCGCUGGACUUUCUGUAAACUGAGGAACAUACAUGAAAAACUGAAGCUCUCAACUGGAUUUUUGGCUUGUGGAGAGGAUUUUUUCUUCUUCCUUUCCCUCUCCCGAGGUGUCAUCACCUGGAUUGUUUGUGUCUCAUUUUUUUUCAUUUUGUGGCCAGGAAAGUUUGAGAAAAGAAAAAAGGACAUAAGUGAAUUAUUUUUUCUUUCUUUUCCUUUUUUUCCGUGUGGGACAGACAGACGCUGUUGUGGGAAACGAGAUGUUCUGCUCCAGGAGAGUCCUGCAGCAGUGGUGCUUCGCUCUGUUCCUGCUCUGCUCUCCGGUGCCGCACUACGGCCGGCCCAUCGAUGCCCUCAGCAACAGAAUAAAGCGGUCUGUGACUCACGCCCAGCUGAUGCACGACAAAGGCAGGACGCUGCAGGACUUUAAGCGCCGCAUGUGGCUCCAAGAGCUUCUGGAUGAAGUCCACACGGCAGAGAUCCGCGACCUGCCGGCCCAGAGCGCCGUUGGUGUCGGAGGAGGAAGCAGCGGCGCCGGCACAGGCGUCGGGCUGCCGGCCGGCGGCAUCAACCUGAGCACCACCGGCAGCACUUUGCACUCCAAACCGCCCGGCGGGACCAAGAACCUCCCCGUCAGCUUCCGGCCGGAGGAAGAGGAGGGAACCAACCUGCCGCAGGAGACCAACAAGUCUCAGACGUACAAGGACGGCGCGCUGAAGGCGCCGGGGAAGAAGAAGAAGAAAGGGCGGGCCGGGAAGCGGCGCGAGGGCGAGAAGAGGAAGAGGAGGGCACGCUCGCUGGCGUGGCGGCUGGACGACGAAGCCGGGAGCGGACUCCGCCUGGAGUGGAGGUCUCUGCUCGGCCUGCGGAGGGCGCUGCUGUACUAACGCUGUCAGUCUCUGACAAAGAAACCUUCGGACAGUUGGAGUGGACUCCUAAACGCUCACGUUACAGUCUUCUGUAACCGGGAUUGUUUGGACAGAAAGUGGAAAAUAUUUAUUGUCUGUAAAUAUUCUAAAUAUAGCAGAAUAGAUAGCACAAUAUGAUAAUUAAAAAAAAACUUAUUUGAUGCCCUGUGAGGCAACA